AUGGCCAAAUACACCAUCUUCAGCCUUCCACGAGAAACUCACCAACUCAUUAUCGACUACCUCGACCCCCCUGACAAUCUCCACCUGCGAGCAGUAUGCCAAUCCUUCCGCGAACUCAUCCCCGCACUUUGCAUCCAGCAGCUCUUGCAAGUUGAAGUCUCGGAUUUCGGCCUGGCCAAAGGCCUAUACACGUGCCGAGACUGCAUGAGGCUACGCCCAAGGGAAAAGUUUGCAGACAACAUGGUCAGGAAGAAGAAAGCGAAAGCCGGCGCGGAAGCAGGGAACCGAUUUUGCGUGGAAUGCGGCACAAGCCCAAGCCCAAAUCCUCUUCUUCCUGGGCCAUCGCGCUAUACUCGAGGCUGUCACGUCGUCAUCUUGGGAGAACAUCAUGUCGUCUGUUAUUCUUGCGGGAGAUUUGGUCUUGCGGCAGGGGAGAGAGGCGUUUACAUCGAUGAAUGCCGUGAUUGUCAGCUAGAGGAGAGGUUCUUGGAGCAGUGGGAUGAAGCGCACAAGGCACGACAGAAGCAGGCUGGACGCCCGACGAGAAGAACUAAAGACUGUGGGAUAAGCCUUGUAGUGUGA